AUGAAGUACAUUGUUUCUCUCGGAGCCCUCGUCGGCGCCGUAUCAGCCCAAGCUGGUGCCUGGGCUCAAUGUGGUGGCUCAGGAUGGACUGGUGCGACGACAUGUGUCAGCGGCUAUGUAUGCUCUGCUACGAACCAAUGGUACAGCCAGUGUAUUCCCGGAACAGCUGCGUCGUCAACUACACUCGUCACGAAGACGACUUCUACCACCAAGUCAACCGCGACAGCAACUUCUCCUCCUGCCAGCUCUCUAGGCUGGAAGUGGUUCGGUGUUAACGAGGCCGGAGGUGAAUUCGGAGAGAAGACGCUGCCUGGUACUUGGGGUACGGACUUUAUCUUCCCCGAUACAUCUACCAUUACCACUCUCCGCGGUCAGGGAUACAACACCUUCCGCGUCCAAUUCAAGAUGGAGCGCAUGACUCCUAACUCCCUGACGGCAGGUUUCAACACCGCCUACCUAGCAAAUCUCACAACCGUCAUCAACCACAUUACCUCAAGCGGAGGCUGGGCUGUCUUGGACCCCCACAACUAUGGACGGUUCUACGACAACAUUAUCACUGAUACUGGUGCUUUCCAAACGUGGUGGAAGAACUUUGCCACCCAGUUCAAGAGCAAUGAUCACGUCAUCUUUGAUACCAACAACGAGUAUAACACUAUGGACCAAACCCUCGUUCUCAACCUGAACCAAGCAGCCAUCAAUGGUAUUCGCGAAGCAGGAGCAACGCAGUAUAUUUUCGUCGAAGGAAACCAGUGGUCCGGCGCUUGGUCAUGGGUUACGGUGAACGAUAACAUGAAGGCCCUCACCGACCCCCUGAACAAGAUCGUCUAUGAAAUGCACCAGUACCUCGACUCAGAUAGCUCCGGCACUUCAACAGCGUGUGUUUCUACGACUAUCGGUGUCGAGAGGGUCACUUCUGCCACGAACUGGCUGCGCCAGAACGGCAAGAUUGGUUUCUUGGGCGAAUUCGCUGGCGGAGCCAACACCCAGUGCCAGACCGCCGUCAAGGGUAUGCUCGACUACCUCAAGGCCAACUCAGACGUGUGGACGGGGGGGGCAUACUGGGCUAGUGGGCCGUGGUGGGGUGAUUAUAUCUACAGCUUUGAGCCUCCUUCUGGUACGGCUUAUGUAUAUUACAACUCCUUGCUCAAAGGGUAUGUUGCGUGA